UCCCAGCGGCCGUGCCGCGGCCUGGCCUGUUAUUCGGCUAGCUGUUUGCCCGAGACCCACGCAGCGCCAGUGGCUCGGGGAGUCCGCCCCCUGCCCAGGCCUGGAGCCACCCCCAACCCGAGAGGCCGGAGACGGAGCUAGAGAGGCUGCCGCAUCCCGGCCCAGCCUCCCAUACCAUCCCUCCCCUCCGCGCUGGACGUCGGGACCCUGGGCCCCGCAACGACAGGGCUCCGGAAACUCUCCCCGCCCAGCUCGGCAGCCGGGCCCCGCGCCGCCCUCUCUGCAGAGCCCCCAGUCUUCCUCCAGACCAGACUUCCGCCUACCCCUGGACGCCCCCUCCCGUGUCCCUCCCUCCCCGCCUCCCCCAGUCUGGAGCGGGGUAGGAGGGAGGGGGUGUGUGCGCCCUGCGCCGUCCCCGCCCCGCCCCCCGUGAUUCCCCCUGUAUGGCCGGCCCGGGCGGGGGAUGCGGGGGGUCCCGGGCGCCAUGCGGGGGGGGCACAAGGGGGGUCGCUGUGCCUGUCCCAAUGUGAUCCGAAAAGUGCUGGCAAAAUGCGGCUGCUGCUUCGCCCAGGGGGGACGUGAACCCUAUUCCAUUGCUGGCAGUGAUGGGAGUAUCUCGGCUUCAGCUGCCUCAGGUCUGGCUGCACCCUCUGGUCCCAGCUCCAGGCUCAGCUCUGGCCCCUGUUCCCCUGGCCCCCCAGAGCCAGUCAGUGGCCUGAAAAGAUGGUUGGAUCAUUCUAAACAUUGUCUCAGUGUGGAAACUGAGGCAAGCGGUGGCCAGACUCGGCCAUAUGAGAACUGGAUGCUGGAACCAGCUCUAGCCACAGGAGAGGAGCUGCCAGAACUGACCCUACUGACCACAUUGUUGGAGGGCCCUGGAGAUAAGACAUGGCCACCUGAGGAGGAGACUUUGUCCCAAGCCCCUGAGAGUGAGGAGGAACUGAAGAAGAAGGCUCUGGAAAGGAGUAUGUAUGUCCUGAGUGAACUGGUAGAAACAGAGAAAAUGUACGUGGAGGACUUGGGACAGAUUGUGGAGGGGUACAUGGCUACCAUGGCUGCUCAGGGGGUCCCAGAGAGUCUUCGAGGCCGAGACAGGAUUGUGUUUGGGAAUAUCCAGCAAAUCUAUGAGUGGCAUCGAGACUAUUUCCUCCAGGAGCUAGAGCAGUGUUUAAAGGAUCCUGAUUGGCUGGCUCAGCUAUUCAUCAAACACGAACGCCGGCUGCAUAUGUACGUGGUGUACUGUCAGAAUAAGCCGAAAUCAGAGCACGUGGUGUCAGAAUUUGGGGACAGCUAUUUUGAAGAGCUCAGGCAACAGCUGGGGCACCGUCUGCAGCUCAGUGACCUCCUCAUCAAGCCAGUGCAGAGGAUCAUGAAAUACCAGCUGCUACUCAAGGAUUUUCUCAAGUAUUACAGUAGAGCUGGGGUGGAUACUGAAGAGCUAGAGCAAGCUGUGGAGGUCAUGUGCUUCGUGCCCAAGCGCUGCAAUGACAUGAUGACCUUGGGGAGACUGCGGGGGUUUGAGGGCAAAUUGACUGCUCAGGGAAAGCUCUUGGGUCAGGACACAUUCUGGGUCACGGAGCCAGAGACUGGGGGGCUGCUGUCCUCCCGAGGUCGAGAGAGGCGUGUCUUCCUCUUUGAGCAAAUCGUUAUCUUCAGUGAGGCCCUGGGAGGAGGUGUGCGAGGUGGAACGCAGCCUGGAUAUGUGUACAAGAGCAGCAUCAAGGUGAGCUGCCUGGGACUGGAGGGGAACCUCCAAGGUGACCCUUGUCGCUUUGCACUGACCUCCAGAAGGCCAGAGGGUGGAAUCCAGCGCUAUGUUCUACAAACUGCAGACCCUGCAGUUAGUCAGGCCUGGAUCAAGCAAGUGGCCCAGAUUCUGGAAAGCCAGCGGGACUUUCUCAAUGCACUACAGUCACCAAUUGAGUACCAGAGGCGGGAGAGCCAGACCAACAGCCUGGGGAGAACAGGAGGGCCUGGGGUGGGGAGCCCUGGAAGAAUUCGGCCUGGAGACCGGGCCCAGGUCAGCACACACACACCCAUCAAUGACUCUCUCCCCUCCCUGCUGCUGUUGCCCAAAGGGGAGGUGGCUAGAGCCGUCCUGCCCCUGGACACACAGGCCCCCAGUGACAUCCCCCAGCCUCCUUGUGACUCUCCUCCAGUUCCACCAAUUCCUAACACUCUUCCCUGCCAAGCCAGACUUGCCAAGCUGGAUGAGGAUGAGCUGUAACUGGUGAAGGCCAUGGGGAUGGUGCUGACUCAGUCACUCUAUUCCCAAGGAACUUAAGGGCAGUCCUGGCACCACCCUGGAAAUCCCCCUCUUGGUGUGUCUGAGGGUGGGCAUAGUGGGAGUGGUGUGAACUUGGAGGAGGGUAUCUAACUCAAAAAGACUUCUUUCUGCCCAAGGAACCCAGAUUCCUUCAGUUCCCAACCCUAUGCAUGCUUCACAGUUUUCUCCAAAAGAAGGAUAUGCUUGGAGGGGAGUGCUGGGCAGGGGCCAGAUAGACAGACCGGUUUUCUUUUUUAUUUUGUUUUUUUCUGUUUUCUGAGAAUAAAGGUUUUGUUAUAUCACUAA